GUAGAAUCCAGGAAGAAGCACCAACAUCCCAGCACAGAACUAAUAGACUUUUCUACAUUGUAAAGCUACGUUCAGAAUGCAAAUGUGGUGAUCGUCUUCGCUAGUCGGGCAUUGAGUUCAAGAGCCUCAAGAGUGUGAAAGAAACAACGUGAUGGCAAACUGAGGGUUCUUUUGAAGACCCUGACCUGGAGUUAUAUGCUGACUACGGUUCUUUGUGGGAAUGGGACCCGCCCUCUAGGUUUCACAACUGGCCGUUGUUCGGCACUCCAGGGCCUCGGCCUAAGAGGGUUGUUUACCUUUGGAGGGCCAAGAUUUCGUGGCUCUGGAGACAGGCGGAUCGAAGAUCGGUGUCACGUUUUCACCAUAUGUUAAUGUGAAGAGUGAACAGUAAAUGGUUAAUCUUACUGCGAUCUGGUUCUUAUUAACUGUGGUUUAUCUCGACGUUAAAUUCGGCGUUCGUGACACGCGAAGGAGAACGUUACAGUGAAAAAGCGGCAUUAUCAGGUGUUUCAAGUGCUGCAAUGUCAGCUCAAUCCAGCAUCAAGUCGACGCCGCCCAGCGACAAGGGCAGUAAACCGACAUCAAGUAAGCCCACCCAGGCGUUAUCAGGUGUUCCAAGUGCUGCAAUGUCAGCUCGAUCCGGGAUCAAGUCGAUGGCGCCCAGCGACAAGGGCAGUAGAACGACAUCAAGUAAGUCCACACAGGCAAGAGCCAAGGCAGAAGCCGCCAAGGUGCGACUGCGUUACGCCAAACAAGAAGCAGUUUUGAAAAUGAAACAGGCCACCAGAGAAGCCGAAAUCCAGAAAGAAAGGGCCGCCAGACAAAGAGAAGAGGCUGCCAGAGAAGCCAAAAUCCAGAAAGAAAGGGCCGCCAGACAAAGAGAAGAGGCCGCCAGAGAAGCCGAAAGGGCCGCCAGACAAAGAGAAGAGGCUGCCAGAGAAGCCGAAAUCCAGAAAGAAAGGGCCGCCAGAGAAGCCGAAAAGGCCGCCCGAGAAGCCGAAACCCAGUUGGAAAUGGCAAAAAUAUUGACAGAGUUGCAAGUGCUGCAGCUAGAAAGAGAAGAAGAAGCUGCCAUGGCGGAAGCAGAGUACAUAGAAGAAGCUGAAGGGUCGCGUGAUCUGACCGAAGCAAGAUCUACUUUAGAAAGGACCAGAGUGGAAUGCACAAGCGACUAUGUACAAUCUCAAAUAGACAGGCAGGCUCGUCUCCCCUCUCCAUACGUAUUCGAUAACUUCCCCAGCUACGAGGAACCUCAGAGAGUCACGAUUGCAUCACAUCCAUACGAGGAAGGAAAUUUACCCUCACGGCUCCGUGAUGAAGUCAAGAAUGAAAGAACCGACAACGCUCCUUCACCCCCACAACAGGACGGCGGGGAGGGAGAGGUUCACUCCAGGACAACAAUUGUCAGCUCGAACUGUACAGAAGUUUGCGGUCAAACUCAGUUAAGCCGUUCUUGUUCCAAGAUCUGCCUCACUGAGGUGUACCCUAAAGAAGCACAACAAGACAUUACCAAGCGUAAAGUAACCGACGAGACGCUAGGUCAGUCAGUUUUCGUUCAAACCGAGCACGGAAACAAACUUGCACAAUCAGCUCAAGAAACCAUUUCUUUAAAACCCAAAGGCACCAAGGUCUUCAGAGAUGAAGCAAAUAAUGGGGUUGCCCCAUUGCCUUUCAGAGAACCACGUCAGCGCUCACCAGAUAACAAAGAGCAGGCAGUCAAACGGUUCACGUCCUUACGGAAAACCCAGAAAAGGAAACCUGAGAUGCAGCAACGCACCCGAUUGGCCCACGAGGUACUGUGCACCCUAAUGGCAGAGGUCACAGCCAUUAUAAACGCACAAUCAUUCCUACCUGUGUCUUCUGACCCAGAAAACCCCUUUAUACUUUCGCCAUCAACGCUCCUUACGCAGAAGGCAGGAGCACCUCCUCCACCAGGAGACUUCUCAGACAAGGAUUUGUACACAAAGCAAUGGAGACAAGUCCAGGCUCUGGCAAAUCAGUUCUGGCCUCGCUGGAGACAAAAAUAUCUACCUUUGUUGCAACAGAGACAAAAGUGGACAGAACCCCGAAGGAAUCUUCAAGUUGAAGACUUAGUCCUGCUCAGGGACAAGCAAAUCGCCCGCAACAGCUGGCCAACGGCCAGAAUCACUGCUACAUUCCCUAGCGAGGAUGGACAUGUCAGGAAGAUUGAAUUGAAGACUACCGACCAAGGCGAUGUGAAAAUUUACCAAAGGCCAGUUACAGAAGUUAUUCUACUUCUACCCAAUGACUGAUUAAGAGACUAAGUUUUGUACUCUGCUCAUUGUGACCUUACGAAGGUCAAGCGGGGAGUGUGCUGUCUUUACGACAGUUAUUUAGUUUAUAAUAUUUUCGCUUAGUAAUUCAUUCAAUAGUAUUUUCUAGUUAGAAUUAGAAGUGUUUAAAGUAUAUUCAUUGCAUGUAAAAUAUAUCGGCAUGCGAUGACGUCACAUCCGGUUUCGCCGCGUCUUGUGGGAAAAUACCGGUUUGAAAUUAGCGCGAGGGUGGGGGCUUACCACGAGGCUCACCUGAGCAGAAGUUGUUUUGCAGGCAUGAGAAAUCACAGUGAGAGCAACUCUGUAAGUUAAUAGAUAAUCGAUAUAUUGAACUAAGAUGUUAAUGCCGAUCCUGUUAGAAGUAACGACGGUAGAUAAUGUUUUUGCUUUCGUUAGUUAAAGAGUCGCGGAUAGUUUGCAUGGAAGUGUAUUUAAAGUAGUCAAUGGAGCAGGUAAACUCUCCCUGUAUACUGCACCUUAGUGUAAUGUAGUUAUAGUCACCUUUGCAAGUAUUUACACUUGAAAUGUGAUAUUAAGGAAGGAACAAAUACUGUAUCAAUCUUGUAUUGUUUUAUCAACAGUUUUCACCAUAUGUUAAUGUGAAGAGUGAACAGUAAAUGGUUAAUCUUACUGCGAUCUGGUUCUUAUUAACUGUGGUUUAUCUCGACGUUAAAUUCGGCGUU